AUGGCAGACGGAACAACACCUAAUAGGGUUACUCGAGGUAUACCAUUUACGGUUCAAAAUAUAGUUUUUCCUUCGUUUGAUUUGGGGAUUUCUCAACAACAACAUAAUGUUGUUGCAGCCUCUGCCGAUAAAAUGGUCGAAAGGCGUUCCAAGAAUAUCCAUGAUCCUCGUAGAGUUCCAAAUCCACCAAUUGCAAAAUCGUCAAAGAAAAUAGAUGCGGCUACGGUGACGAAGAGGAAAAAACUACCGAUGUUGUUCGACAAGGGGAAACAAGUCGUAGAGGUGAACGAAGAAGAGCAAUUACCUGCGAAGAAACAGGUGAGAAAGAGGAACGUCGUAAUUCCAAGACUUCAUUUUGACCUGGUAGACAGUGGACGGUACAAAGACUACACAUGGGGCAAGGAAGCAUUUGUUGAUUUGAUUAAAAGCAUUCACAAUAAGAUGGACAAGCCGAAACAGUAUUACUGUCUUCGGGGCUUUCCAUUUGCUAUUCAAGCAUGGGUAUACGAGUGCUGCUCCAAUGUGGACCCAGAUUUAGCCGUAAGAAAUGGAGACCGAAUCCCCAGGAUCUUAAAUUGGAAGACAGUAGACCCAACACCAUCAUUUAACCACCUGAUGACUGGGAUGUUCACGGAUGACGUAUCUGAGGACCAUGUUACAUAUAAUAAUAUUGUGCCGGUCAUGUCUGAGGUUGAGACUCUUGGACUGCGUCCAUAUCUCAGCAACAGAACUGCAGCAACCACCAACACACAUGAGGUUGUAGAUGAUUAUGAUGAUUUUAGUUCCACACCACCCCAUUUGGCUGCUACAAAACAACCUCAAAAGAAGGAUGUAUCAAAAUCUCCACUACACAAGAAGCCGAGACAAAUGCGAGCUGUACCACCGACGGUUUGA